GGGCCCGACUGCGAUAGACGGGCCCAUCUGCAGUGGCUUCCCGUCCAGUUCCUCUCUCUCCCCUCCUCCAGAUUCCUCUCCCACUCACUCCAUCUGUCCCGUUCCCCGCUAUCUCUCUCAACUCUCUCGGUGUGUCGUCGCCGGCGACGAGCUCGAGCUGGUGCCUCAUCUUGCUCGACGGCGUGGCGGUAUGGAGCCUAUGAGCGUCGACAGUGGCGGUCUGGACGCGCAGAUCGAGCAGCUGAUGCAGUGUCGCCCGCUCGCCGAGCAGGAGGUUAAGUCACUAUGCGAGAAGGCCAAGGAGAUAUUGAUGGAGGAAAGCAACGUUCAGCCUGUCAAAAGCCCAGUGACAAUUUGUGGUGAUAUCCAUGGACAAUUCCAUGAUCUCGUAGAGCUUUUUCGGAUUGGCGGGAAGUGUCCAGAUACCAAUUAUUUAUUUAUGGGGGAUUAUGUAGAUCGGGGCUAUUAUUCUGUUGAGACUGUCACUAUGCUGGUAGCACUAAAGGUGCGCCAUCCACAUCGAAUUACGAUCCUUCGUGGAAACCAUGAGAGUCGGCAGAUCACACAGGUGUAUGGAUUCUACGACGAGUGCCUACGAAAGUAUGGCAAUGCAAAUGUAUGGAAGAUAUUUACAGAUCUUUUUGAUUAUUUUCCUCUGACAGCGCUGGUGGAAUCUGAAAUUUUCUGCCUCCAUGGUGGUUUAUCUCCAUCAAUUGAGAAUCUUGAUGGUGUGCGUAGCUUAGAUCGUGUCCAAGAGGUUCCACAUGAGGGACCUAUGUGUGAUCUUUUAUGGUCAGAUCCAGACGAUCGAUGUGGUUGGGGCAUAUCUCCUCGUGGUGCUGGCUACACUUUUGGACAGGACAUAUCGGAGCAGUUUAAUCACACAAACAAUCUCAAACUUGUAGCUCGGGCUCAUCAACUAGUUAUGGAGGGAUAUAACUGGGCUCAUGAACAAAAAGUUGUCACCAUAUUUAGUGCUCCAAACUAUUGCUACCGAUGUGGCAACAUGGCAUCCAUUUUGGAAGUUGACGACUGCAACAGUCACACAUUUAUCCAGUGCUGUAAAAUUGUUGUAUGAUUGGUCAAUUCUGGUUUCCUAUUAUCACAGUUUGAACCAGCCCCUAGGAGAGGUGAGCCAGAUGUGACACGGAGAACACCGGAUUAUUUCCUUUGAGUUAUUAGUGAUAUCGUUUCUUAGCUUGUGCUGUGAUAAUCGAUGUUGGUCAGUGACAUCUGCAUGAUCCUGCACAAGGGCCAACAAAAAAUAACAAGGGAAUACUAAAGUCCUAUGCAAAGUUUGAUCCUGCACAAGGGUCGAUGCAUGAGACUGCUAUCAUGAAAGAAAGCGAGUGUGGCCUGCAGCCAUGCCUGAGUUUCAGCCUUUCAGGUGAUAGAAGGGCCAUCCACCCUCACCCCCCUUUUAUGCAAUUUUAUGGAGGCGUGGAGUUGGCAAAAGACUGGACUUCUAUUUUGUAGCGUAAGCUUGUACUGAUAGGCCUGUACUGAUUUGUAUCAUCAUUCAUCAAUGGGAAGACACAAUUCAUCUCGUUCCAGUGCACAUGAUACUAUUUUCCCAACUGGAGGGGGGGGGGGGGGGACAGAGAGAUACCAUGCGUGUUAUGAUACUGACAAUAGCAGCCUAUUGCUAACCUGAUAGUACCAGGUUAUCGUCAUUGACAUUGUGAAUUUUUGUUUGUCUGCUGGUUAUUUUGUAAUGUUGUAUUGCUUGCUCAAGUAGAUCGUCAAUGCGUGUACAUUGUGAUUUUUUGUUUGUCCAGUGAUUAUUUUGUAAUAUGGAUGAACCAAUGUUCCAUCUCCUAAAUCAUUUUCAGAA